AUGAUGUUUACUGACUUUUCCUUGUGGAUUUUGCUCCCUUGCUUCGGCAUUGCCUAUCUUCUGUUUAACGUCAUCUACAAUCUCUUCUUCCACCCACUCGCCAAACUACCAGGCCCGUUUCUGGCCAAACUCACUAAGUUCUGGCUGUUCUCUGAAGAACUUGGUGGAGAUGCUGCGAACACGUUGGCAAGGCUACAUAAGAAGCAUGGACAGUUAGUUCGAGUAUCGCCAAACGAAGUCGCAAUAAACAACAGAGAUGUUUUCACGACUAUCAACCGCCAGGGAACCAAGUUCUACAAGGAGAAAACCUUCUAUGACGGCUUUAGUGGGAAACAUGGGAAUCUUUUCACCUAUCAAGACCCCGAAUCUCAUUCUCGAAGGAAGAGACUCAUGUCACCGUCGUUCUCUCAAGCCUCCUUCGCAGCUCACCAGGUGCUUAUAUACGAAUGCAUGAAGCCGCUCCUAAACGAAAUCACCGAAAACAUUCGAUCUCAACAGCCAACCGCAAUCUUCCCUGCAAUUCGUAAAUUCGCCCUUGAUUCGAUUUGUGCUUUCUCUUUUGGGAUUAACAUAGGCAAUCCGUCACACAUUGAUGAUGAAACGAGAAGACGGAUCUUUGAAGCUUUGGACAACUCGCCUCGGGAACUACUUGUAUUCCAGCAUUUCGCUUCUCUCAAAACGGCUGCUGGUGUAGUUGCCAAACUUUUCCCUAAGAUGGCACCAGAUGCUGUUAUACUCUUACAGACGAUCGGUAUGGAGAGAUUAAUAGCUUCCCGCAAAGCAACGGACUUGGACCAACCAGGUCUUUUCUCAAACAUGCAGGAGCUGCUUGACUCAAAAGAGCAAAAGCUAAGUGAUGAAGAACUUAUUGCGGAAAGUAGCACACUCUUCUUUGCUGGCACGGACACAACUGCAAGCACUGUUGCUAUCGGGCUAUGGCACUUGCUGCACAAACCUGACCUAUACGCCCGCCUGCGAGCCGAGUUAAAGACGAUUAUGCCGGAGAAGGAUUCCCAGCCGAGCUUGAAAGAGCUCGAAAACCUGCCAUUACUCAAUGCUUGCAUAAAGGAAGGACUACGGAUAACCUGUCCGCCACGAGGGCGACUGCCACGAGUGGUUCCUCCAGAAGGCUUGCAAUGCGAUGGUGUAUUCAUCCCACCUGGGACAAUCGUUACGAGCCCGAUAUCCUACUUAGUUUUUGACGAAAAAGUCUUCCCCCAACCCCUGGAAUAUCAGCCUGACCGGUGGCUACAAGACAAUGCCAAAGAGCUGGAGUCAUACUUGUAUCCUUUUUCGAGAGGCACGCGCUCGUGCAUCGGCCAGACACUAUCCAUCGCAGAGCAGCGUAUCUGUAUCUCUCAAUUUGUGCGCAGAUUUUCUCCCGCCGAGUGGGGAAAGUUCAGAGAAGUAAACCUCAAAGAGUAUAUCAACAUUGUAAUCAUGGAUGACCUAGCCAUCAAGCUAGUCGAGGCAGAGUGA